AUGGAGGUCUUGUCACUCUCACCAUUGUUCUACUUCCUCGUAGCAAGCUUGCUCACCAUAACCGGUCUUAAAAGACGCCGACUAACCCGUGUCCUGCUACUGGGGCCCAUCUGGCUUUUCUCGCUAAUGGCAUUGGCCUCAUCCCAUAGGCUGGCUUGGAUGACUGGGGCUGAUAGUAUUUUUGCAAGCCUGGUGGUCUUCUAUCUGCUCUACUCGCCAAAGACGCUCGUUUUUGAUCAGCAUACUGUUAUUCCGGAGCUGAACGAUUCCCAUGGCUGGAGCUUCAUCGACUGUUGUCGGGUAUGGAACAAUCCUCGACAACUGCCACUACGAUUACAGCACGAAAGAAAGGCUGCCAACACUCCCUCGAAGUCUCGAGUCCUCUUCUGCCUCAGUCGUUCAAUCAAAGCAGCGGGGUUGUGGGCAUUCGAGUACUUUAUUUUUCAAAAGAUCCUCAUGUAUGCCCUCUGGCCAGUGACUAUCAGCGACUUUGCGCCUGAAAUGGAAAGCCCGUUUUUCCACCGGCUAUCGAAACAUGAAAUCCGAGUCCGCUCGAUCAUUUCCCUCCAGUGGAUCUGGCGGGCCUACUUUUUCCUUGAGUUUCAUCAUUCGCUCUUGGCCAUCGUUUUUGUGGGCAUUCUGCGCUUCGAUUCUCCGGGAGAGUGGCCGUCUCUCUUCGGGAGCCCGCUGGAAGCGUAUACCAUCAGAGGGUUUUGGGGCCGCUUCUGGCAUCAAUUGACGGUUCCUACGUACGUGUUUUAUGCCCGGCUUGUCUCGAGGCAAAUGGUGCAGCCAAACUCGCUCUGGGCCAAGGUAUUAACCGCACUGCUUGUGUUCACGAUAUCCGGACUCUCGCACUCGGUGGUUGGGUGGGCGUUGGGUGACACGGCGCUAUGUAGGGACAUUCUAUUCUUUGAGAUGUGUUUCCUCGCCGCUGCGGGCGAGACAGUGGUGUCCAAGAUAAGAGUCAAGGAACCGAGCAUCUUCAGACGGACUUUUUCGCCAGUGUUUCGCAGGGUGGCGGGCAUGAUGUGGGUAUUUGUAUUCUUUUUCUGCACGGUUCCCACGUGGAUUUACCCUAAAACGUACCACUAUCUAUUGAACCCGGAAGGAUGA